AUGGAUGCAGGUUGCAUGAUAAUCGUGUUAUCGUCAGAUAAUUGUUAUCGUAAGAUAAUCGUGUUAUCGUUAGAUGAUCGUGCUAUCGGUCAACAACUACAACCAGACUUAAGAGCAGUAACUGAUGCAGUGACUGCUGCAGUCACUGCAGCAGUCACUACAACAGUCACUGCAGCAGUCACUGCAACAGUCACUGCAGCAGUCACUGCAACACUCACUGCAGCAGUCACUGCAGCAGUCACUGCAACAGUCACUGCAACAGUCACUGCAGCAGUCACUGCAACAGUCACUGCAACAGUCACUGCAACAGUCACUGCAACAGUCACUACAACAGUCACUGCAGCAGUCACUACAACAGUCACUGCAGCAGUCACUGCAACAGUCACUGCAGCAGUCACUGCAGCAGUCACUGCAUCAGUCACUACAACAGUCACUGCAACAGUCACUGUAGCAGUCACUACAGCAGUCACCGCAACAGUCACUGCAGCAGUCACUGCAGCAGUCACUGCAGCAGUCACUGCAGCUGUCACUACAACAGUCACUGCAACAGUCACUGCAGCAGUCACUGCAGCAGUCACUGCAACAGUCACUGCAGCAGUCACUGCAGCAGUCACUGCAACAGUCACUGCAGCAGUCACUGCAACACUCACUGCAGCAGUCACUGCAGCAGUCACUGCAACAGUCACUGCAACAGUCACUGCAGCAGUCACUGCAACAGUCACUGCAACAGUCACUGCAACAGUCACUGCAACAGUCACUACAACAGUCACUGCAGCAGUCACUACAACAGUCACUGCAGCAGUCACUGCAACAGUCACUGCAGCAGUCACUGCAGCAGUCACUGCAUCAGUCACUACAACAGUCACUGCAACAGUCACUGUAGCAGUCACUACAGCAGUCACCGCAACAGUCACUGCAGCAGUCACUGCAGCAGUCACUGCAGCUGUCACUACAACAGUCACUGCAACAGUCACUGCAGCAGUCACUGCAGCAGUCACUGCAACAGUCACUGCAGCAGUCACUGCAGCAGUCACUGCAACAGUCACUGCAGCAGUCACUGCAUCAGUCACUACAACAGUCACUGCAACAGUCACUGCAGCAGUCACUGCAACAGUCACUGCAACAGUCACUGCAGCAGUCACUGCAACAGUCACUGCAACAGUCACUACAGCAGUCACUACAGCAGUCACUGCAACAGUCACUGCAGCAGUCACUGCAACAGUCACUGCAACAGUCACUGCAGCAGUCACUGCAACAGUCACUGCAACAGUCACUGCAGCAGUCACUGCAGCAGUCACUGCAACAGUCACUGCAACAGUCACUGCAACAAUCACAACAUCAGCCUUGAUUAAACAUUCGACUGCUUCAGUGAAUCAGUUCGACUGCUCAGUGAAUCAGUUCGACUGCUCAGUGAAUCAGUUCGACUGCUCAGUGAAUCAGUUCGACUGCUUCAGUGAAUCAGUUCGACUUCUCAGUGAAUCAGUUCGACUGCUCAGUGAAUCAGUUCGACUGCUCAGUGAAUCAGUUCGACUGCUCAGUGAAUCAGUUCGACUGCUCAGUGAAUUAGUUCGAUUGCUUCAGUGA